UCCGAAACCCAAAGCGCCAAACCGCUAAUCCGUCGGUAUAAAAUUGUCUACUUGCGUUUGCUGCAUCAGGAAAGAGACUUGUCUAAGCACGCCCAGAGAGAGAGAGAGAGAGCGAGCCUCACCUUUCGUUGUCGCUGGCUCGAAUUCAAGCUCUUUCCUUCUGUUUUGUCCUCUCGGAAAAUUUCAGGAUCGUCGAGGCGUGGGAGAACGUAGUAAAGGACAGAACUUGCGAGGAGGCGAACCGUAAACUCACUCGGGGUCUGUUUGCUGUGGGGUUGGCGGUGGCAGUGGGAGAUGGGCAAGAAGGCGGCUAUUGUCGCGUGCGCCACCGUGGCGGCCGCGGCGGCGGGAGCAGCGGUGGUGGUGGUGAGGAGGAGGAGGAGGAGAGGAGUGGAGGAAGGGUGGUCGGAGUCGGAUGGGAAGUGGGAGAGGGCGGCGGUGAUAGUGAAGGAGCUGGAGGAAAAGUGCGGGACCCCAGUCUGGAAGCUGAGGCAGGUGGCGGACGCGAUGGUCGCCGAGAUGCACGCCGGCCUCGCGUCCGACGGCGGCAGCAAGCUUAAGAUGAUCAUCAGCUACGUCGAUAGCCUCCCCACAGGGGAUGAGAAAGGGUUAUAUUAUGCCUUGGAUCUUGGUGGCACAAAUUUCCGCAUCCUCCGUGUACAUCUAGGGGGAAAGGAGAGAGGCAUCAUCAAACGAGAAUUUGAAGAAGUUUCGAUACCACCUCAUUUGAUGACCGGAAGUUCAAAUGAAUUGUUUGAUUUCAUUGCCACGGCAUUAGCGAAAUUUGUUGCUACAGAAGGUGAAGAUUCACGUCCUUUCCCUGGUAGACAGAGGGAGCUUGGUUUUACCUUCUCGUUUCCAGUUAGGCAAACAUCGAUCACAUCCGGGACUCUAAUUAAAUGGACGAAAGGGUUCUCAAUAGAAGAUGCGGUUGGAGAAGAUGUCGUCAGUGAAUUAAAUAAAGCUAUGGAGAGAGUGGGCCUUGACAUGCGUGUGGCCGCUUUGGUAAAUGAUACAAUUGGAACAUUGGCUGGAGGUAGAUAUUACAACCCGGAUGUUGUUGCUGCUGUCAUAUUGGGUACUGGAACAAAUGCUGCUUAUGUCGAGCGGAUACAUGCCAUUCCCAAGUGGCACGGUCCUCUGCCUAAAUCAGGAGAAAUGGUUAUCAACACAGAAUGGGGCAAUUUCCAGUCCUCACACCUUCCACUGACAGAAUAUGAUCAAACCCUGGAUGACGAGAGUUUGAAUCCAGGAGAGCAGACUUAUGAGAAGCUGAUUUCUGGCAUGUACCUUGGAGAAAUUGUCCGGAUAGUUUUGUUGAGAAUGGCUGAGGAAUCAGCACUUUUUGGUGAUAUCAUUCCACCGAAGCUGAAAAUUCCUUUCAUAUUAAGGACUCCUGACAUGUCUACCAUGCACCACGACACGUCUUCUGAUCUUACAGUGGUGGGGGAAAAACUAAGCUAUCUCUUGGAGAUAUCUGACACCACCUUGAGAAUGAGGAAAGUUGUAGUCAAUGUGUGUGGCAUAGUCGCCACACGAGGUGCUCGUCUUGCUGCUGCCGGGAUAUUUGGCAUCCUAAAGAAGCUGGGAAGAGAUACCGUUAUGGACAGGGAGAAGCAGAGAUCAGCUAUAGCAUUGGAUGGAGGUCUGUUCGAGCACUACACCAAAUUCCGGGACUGCGUGGAGGGCACUCUCAGGGAGUUGCUGGGACCUGAAGUUGCUGAUAACACGGUGCUUGUGCUUUCGGAGGAUGGCUCAGGCAUUGGAGCUGCCCUUCUCGCGGCCUCUCAUUCACAAUACCUCCAGACAGAGUGACCCUGGAGUGUCUCAGUUUGACAUGAGAAUCUCAGUCUUCCAAAUUUUGUAUGCUUCCCCACCCUUUUCUCAGGAUAUCAUUUGGGUCUCUUUGAGGUCUUGUUGUAUCAUAGCUCGAGG